GAAACACUCAAAUGGGAUAGAUCAGCUAUACUUUUUCCUUAUGGAAUCUUUGACAAAGAAAUGUUUUCUCGUAGUUCUUUUUGCUUUCUGUAUUUUGUAACUCUCGUGAAGUUUGCUCUGUUCACAGGUAGAGGAGAUAUAUAUCAUGUCUAAAUCAACCACAAGCUACUAGAGUAGCAUAGGGGCCUCACGGCCACUUGGAGAGCCACUUUUCACCGCUUGUAACUUUGUGAUUAUCUUGCUUUGAAGAGAAGCAGCUGUCAUCUAAUUGGAUAGCGUAUUGAAAGCUUGACAGCCCCUGACUAUCACAUGUUACAUCUGUCUCUAGAGAUUUUCAAGGAAAAUCUGUGCAGGGAGAUAACCACAUUUGUGCAGCUUUUAGAGAGCAUAGAAGAUUCUUUCAUGCAGCUGUUACACACAGAAAGGAGUCAAGCUUCUAGCAUGCUCCACAUUGUAAAGCACAAUUUCACAAACUUUAUAAUUGCUUCUAUAAUAGUUUGCAGGUAAUUCUAGGUUUAUCAGAACAUUAAUUAAUUAAUUAAUGAGGAAAAAGUUCAGGUAGAAAGGAAAUUGUACUGCGGAGUUACAAAUUUAAAAAAAAAUUUAUUUGUAUAAUUUCAUAUUGCUUUCUCAUGCGAUAAGUCUGCACAGACAAUGACUGCAUGGUCUCAUUGUGUUUUUAAAAGCCUGCUAAGACUGACUCAUUUAACGAGUAGAAUUCAAAAAUAUUUUUCAGUGUGUUUGUUAAAGUUAGAGCUGUCUGCCUGGAGUUAGCAUCUAGGGCCAUUUGGCAGAGCACCUAUGUAUAAUGAUCUGAAAAAUGUUUCUUGCUUUAAGUUGUUGUCUACAAAUAGGAAACAUACAUUGGUGCAUUUGAAAUGGUUAACUAACCACUAUAGGAGCAUUCUUCUAUACAAGUAGUUCAUAAUAUUUGCAACUAAUAAUAAUAACAUCCUUAUUCUCACUUCUUCUCUCUUUUCUUAGGCCAUAUUUGAAUAUAACAGGGCCUUUACCUAUCAGGCAAUAGAAGAGGGAAAUUGUACAUACCAACAAUAACAAAACCACGCAUCUUUACAUGUAGUUACUGACAUACUGCUGAGAUCAUCUAAAGUAUAGUAUCUUCUUGAAAAUUCAGUAGCAAACAGCCCUUAGAAAUAAUAGUGUACAAUUUUUGAGACAGCAAUGCUUUUAAUACUUUUAGAGUACACGUUCUCUAGUUUCUGAUUUAAAACACUCUCUGACCGGUCAACAUGGCAGUAAAUAUAAAGCCUUUGAUCAUGUAGCUUAAUGGUAAUUUAAAACUGUGGCCAGAAACAAGGACAUGAAGAUUUAGGCUAUAACUGAAGGAAAUUUUUAAAUUAUGGUUCUUUUUAUGGUAAACACUUUGUAUUUUAUUGUUACUAGCUAAAUUUAUUUGCUAAAGGAUGUCAUUGUAAUGGAAGAAAUUUCUUAUGUGCCUUGUUUGACUAACAGUGCCAUUCACAGACUAUAUGAACAAGUCAUUUAAAAAAAAAAAUAGAGAUUACAUUUUGAUCACAACAAGUGACAUUUCUGUCCCUAACACUUGAGAAUUAGCAGUGCUUUUAAUUUUGUAAUCAUCAACCAGUUAUACAACAUAAUACCUCACACUUUGCAGUAAUCUAGUGUGUAAUGAAGAAUAUUAGUUGAUAAAAAUAAAUAAUACCAUUGCAAGCGCCACAUUCAAUUGGUUUUUAAGAAUACUAAUAAAAGAGAUAUUCUGGAAUAGAUGAUAGUAAUCAUAUUCAAAAGCACACUCAUAAAGGAAACAUAAGAAGAAUGAUUUGUGACUAGCACUGAUUCAGUUCAUUUUAGCUCAGUUCCUUGACCUGUAUACUGAUUGUCAAGAAAAUGACCAUAAUUAUAUAUUUGAAAGCAGUCUUUCUUUGCAGGAAAACCUUGCCAGUCCUAUGAUGUAAUAAGCACAAAUAAAUUGAUUGAACAUUCUUUAGACAGUUAUGUCUGGGGAAGUGUAGCUGCACCUAAAUGGUGUUGCUCUCAGCGGAUACUGAUAAAGCUUGGUUGAUUUAGGCAGGAUAUAUUUGUAACCAUGUGCGUAUGUUUCUUCUGAAAGGAACACUUUUUGUGGGUAAUGUGUUCUACCUUUUUCCUCCUGUGUACUGUGUAUGUUUAUCUUAUGCAGUUUGGUGUCAUAAUGGUUUAGACCCUGUCACCAAUACAGUGAUGACUACCUGUGAUGGGUUCGGGCACACUGUCUGCACAUGGCACCAGUUUACAGGGCGGGCUGCUUGGCUGUGAUGCAGCUUUAGUAGCUAGCUCAGUGUAAAAAACAUUUCCUCCCCUUCUUGUCUUUCUGUCUCAUGUGGUAUGCAUCUGGUUACCUAUUGAUAUGGAAUGAAACCUAUGUGCUGAUUUCGUAAUAAGAAGAAAAAGUUCUACAAAAGAAAUAGCUUAUAUUUCAACCAGCUAAUUUUUUUCAGUUGGCAUGAAGGUAGAAUAAUGAGAUAGCUGGCAGAGGACAGCUUAUAUAUGAGACAAAGCUUUUGUUCAAGAGACACUUUCAUCAUAAAGAAUAAGUUAAUGUCACAAGAAAAUUGCACUUUUAAAUAUUGAGGAUUUUAUUUUAGUUGUUGUUGAAAUAGUUGCUCAUUCUAAUCUCUAAUUUUGUUAAUCGUAUAAUGAAUUUAUCUUUCAUUUCAUAAUCAUUAUUUGCUCUCUUUUGUAACGUAUAUAUGCUCAUCAUCCAUGUUCUUCGACUUUAUCCAUCACCAUCAAUUCAUAAACAUUUCUUUAUCGAUCACUAUGGGUUCAUAAAUGUAUCUUUUUUCCUUACUAUCGGUUCGUAAACAUAUGUAUAUCUCUAUCCUUACAUCAAAUUUGCACACUACAUGUUUUUGUUGUUUCUACUGAUAUGUUGUUAAUUUUGCAUGAAGUGUCUUAAUGCAGUUUUUCCUUUCUGUGUUUAAGGAGAGCGAUAAUGACAUUUAGAGAACAGGAUUUUUAGCAUUUUUCAGUUCUAGGAAUUUCUUGAUGAUGUCAUCUAUAUUGCAUGAAAUCCAUGAAAAGACACCUGUUGAAAAUAAUGCUGCAGGCUUAUUGAUGCCUUUCACUGUAUUGACCUGUUAUUUCUCUCAUUCUUACUCAUAAACAAUGCACAGGGCUAGAUAUUCACACUUGGACAAAGAUGCAAACAUUAAGGCACACAUUUGCAUGUUUACUUGCUGACUUUCUCACUUUUGCACCCACCCAGCCUUGCUUUUUCUCAUACUUCCUCUUCCUUUUUCCCUCUGUUGCCACAUGGAAGUGCAGAACAUGGCACUUGACGGAGAUCAUGCAAGAAAAGUGCAAGAAUAAAACACCGUACCAUCAUGGACAUAAUUUUGCUCAGGGUGCUGAAAUUAUGUGGUUCAUGUGCAGCUUACCACAAAUAGGCGCUAAAUAUGUAUGUGUACUAUGUACAAUAGAUAGCAGACACCUGAUAACACAGACAUAAAUUUUAUGGGGUUUUGCGAUUUCUGGUUUAUUCUUAAAACUCAAUAAAAUCUGGUGUGGUUUCAUUUUGUUAUUAGUAUUGUUUUGUUUCUACCAGCCACCCUGUUGAAAAUCAAAUAUACAUUUCUUUCUGGACUAUAUUUUUGUCUGUAAGAAUGAUACCAACCUUUUUUAACAUUUUUGAAAUAUAGACCCUACAUCUCCUUGAGACUCAUGUAUAUUGGUGUGCUCAUGUGGUGUUUGAUAUACUCCUUACACUUAAUUUGUGGUGAUUUGAUUUGCAUGCAUCAGCUUGCUGUCUUUUCACUGCUACGCGUCUUAGUUAUCACGCUUGAGUCUUGAAGUCACCUGGUGUUUGUUAUCACGAGUACCUCACACUGCGAUGAGUUUUGCCUUCACGUCGCUGUCUUGACACUGCAGUCACCAACACAUUUGAUGGCUGAGUCAUUCACACGUUGGUGCUUCAGCCAGAGAGUGCGUCUUCUCGUUCACAGAAUAACCAGAAAGGAAGGGACAAGCAGUUGCAAGUAGCGGGCAAUGGCCUGUGUGAAGAAGCAGGAGCCAGGCUUCAGCCAGAGAGGACUUAUGAAGCAUCUCAUAGCAAGAGUAGGAAAGGGUGUGCCAAUAUGGAAACAAAUGGUCCACUCCUUCAGUGCAAUGUCAAAACCGAACUGUCAUCUUUUUCCUCUGUCGAUUCGUAUUCUUCAUCUGUAAAGAAUCAUAAAAAAUCCAAAGUACAAUUUUCUGGGCCUGAUAAAGUUUCCUCUUCUUCGUCUACUUCAAUAAAUGAAGGUAGGAAGGGUAACUCAUUAUCCAAGAAAGACAAAAAUUACGUAAAAGCAGAUAAUGAAAAGGCCGAGCUGAUAACAGUUAAGACAGUUGCACCAGUGAAAGAAGAACAAGACACUGUUGAAGACGUGUCUGAUAUUGAAUCUGAACUUGCCUCCCCUCGGAAUGAAUUUGAAACAGUUGUUGAUCCUGUCUCAGACAAGAACCCAAGAAAAAACAAAACUUGUCUGCCCAGGACAUCUAGCGACAAAGAAGACCAAGAAGCCAAGUGGUCUAAUCAAGAUGAGAAAAGAUGGCCAACUCAUGGAGGUGAUUGUGAAAGUGAGCACACAUCACAUGUUGGAGGGGAAGCUAGUGAAGGAAAACAAGAGAUGGGACUAAAGUCUAAACAGGCUCCAGGGAAAUCCUCCCUUAAAAAAAUUAAAACAGUUUCCUUCCCUGAUGAUCAUUCUCAGUCCUCUUCACACUCAGCACGAGAAAGAAACAAUGCCUUUGAGACGUCGUCGUCUUCGUCGUCGUCAUUAUCAUCAUCGUCGUCAUCAUCAUCAUCAUCGUCGUCAUCAUCGUCGUCGUCUUCUAGGGGAUUUAGCACAAAUCAUGACAUCUCGGUAGAGUAUUCAUCGUCCUCAUCGUCUUCAUCGUCAGCAGCACAAGACAAUGACGAAUCUCACAACAGUCUGGGCGGAGGCCAGUCAGAAAGUUACAGAAAACUCAAACCGGGAAAAGUGCGAAAUUCGUCUGUGAAGAAACGCCCAAAAGGAAAGUUGAACGACUUUGUAGACGUCAGCAAACCUGACAGCAUCGACAUGGAGAAAUCUGCUGACGAUCCUCCUCCCCUGAAAGACGACUUCAACGGAAGCCUGCUAGUCGAAGACGGACAUUCAGACACAGCCCAGCAUUAUCCUGCCAUGUCCAGACCAGAUUUUCCAGGUUCUGAGAACACCUGUGGGAAGCAGGAGGUCAGCACCGUAGAUCACGAUGGACCGGAGGUCAAACGACAUGGAGGUGACGAGUCAGGACCCGGAGACGAAUCUGACCAGUCAGUUCACGAAAGUAUAGUGACAUCCCCAGUUGAUGAGGCAUGUCACGAUGACGAGGAGAUCGAGAAGGAAGAGACUGUCUUGGUUGUCAUCAGCCAUGAAAUUACAGACGAUAACAGUCAGCUUCACUCAGAGUCGCCAUUCCGAGCAGACGCCAAGCACAAUCAGAUGAUGGAUGAUGUCGAGAACGUCGAUGAAGACGAGAUGCUGCCGCGGUUGACCAGGCUUGCCAACUCCUGCCAUGAUUCUGAUGGUGCAGGGAUCGAACCUGUUGAGGAAGGAAAUGAGCCUGAUGGAGCAGGAGGUGAACCUCUUGGGGAAGGAAGUGGAUAUGAUGGGGCAGGAAGGGAACCUGUCGAUGCAGGAAGUGAACCUAACGACAAAGGGAGGGAGCCUGACGACGCCGGACAUAAAUCUGACAGCGCAGGAAGUGAACCGGAUGAAAAAAGUUUUCAGUCAAGAGAGACCGAACCUGUAUUUGAAGUUUUGAAUUCCGAGCAAAGCAGACUGACCCCUGUCAUCACAAUCGAUUGUUCAGACGAGGGUCCGGAGUUGCCGGAGAGGGAAGAGCAUGACGGCCAUUUCACGCCAAGCUUAUUGUUUGUCAAUAGAGGCCGUGACCAUGGUGACUGGACGCCUUUCAGUCCCCAGAGAGGACCACCCUACAGCUUAGCUGUGCCGAGUAUCACCAGAGACUUGCAUGUCUGUGAACGGUGGGUGAGUGAGGACGAUUUAGCACAACUGGCAAGUUGCAAAGUAGGGCCCGACGACGAGAAAGAUAAUUGGCGAUGUGAAGACGCAGAUGAAGAGAGCAGGGCAAAGGUCACUGAUUGUGGCCAUGGGGCGUCCGACACCGCGAACAGCAGAGACGGUUAUGUCAAAGUAAGUGAAGAGGGAGUAACUGUGUCUACGGGGGCUGAAGUAAUCAAGGAGGAAGAGGUUUAUAACCAUGUUCCAACAGCAAGCGCGGUUGAAACGAAGGAAGUGAGACAAAUAGACAGCGACACAGCGCAGUCUCGUGACAUCGAAAAUGUAGACAAGGACGACAACAAUGAUGAAGAUCAUGACAGCUCGUCUAGCAUUGGGGAACCUUCCAGGAGCUAUCGAUACCCGAUCUCUACAACAACCACGUGUGGAGGUCCGCAGAGCUCUGACAAGCUUUUGGGGGAAGAUGAUGCUGUUGUUGAUGGUAUAGAUAUGCCUGACUUUUUAGAGGGAAAUGGUGAUGUUGUGGAUGGUGAGGAUAUGCCUUCUGUUUUGGAGGAAGACGGUAGUGUUGUGGAUGAUGUAGUUUUGCCUUCUUUUGUCGAGCACGAUGGUGGCUUUGUAAAUGAUGUAGAUGCGCCUGCUGGUGUAGACCCACAGGAAGUUGUUCAAAAUAAGGAAACUGUGCCAGGGGGUCGUUUUUCGCCCUUUGUAAGGAGUCGGAUGCUUCGCAAAAUUGGAUCGCCUUUUAAUCAAGCAAUGGUUAAGACGAUGAUCAGUCUACAGGACUCCGCUACCAGCUCCGUCCUGGCUGGUCCUGAGUCAUCGGAUCAGUACAUACCAGACGAUGACAACGAGAGUACGACGAGAGUUUCACACAAGUGUUUCUUGGGCUCAGAGGAAUCCAAAAGUUAUGAGGUUUCAAAAGUAGAUGAAAUUGAGAGGUCGAACAUAAAUGGGGAAAGAAUCAAAAUUGUAGUUAAUGAUUUAUCCGAAAAUCAAACAAAAGAAAUGGAAAGCUGUUCAAAUAAAAUGAAUAAACUUCAAAAGACAUUUAAAGAUGUGGUUCACGUACUGCACAGUGAUGGGACUAAAUCACAUAUGCCAAAAAAUGUUGAAAUAGAGGUAAAAGAAGAUGUUUCAAUUGAUGUUGAAAACAAACUAACUAUAGAGAAUAAUGAAAUAUCACCUCUAGCUGAAUCAAUGUACUUUGAGGACGACGGUCCAGAAACACUCAUCUUAGAGAGUAGAGCAGAGCACAUCGCGCAGCCUGACCUAGGAAGUCAUGCUAGUGACCUUGACAGCGAGCAUGAUCCAGGAACAAAUGCUAACGACCUUGACAGCGAACCUGACCUGGGAACCAAUGCUAACGACCUUGACAGUGAACCUGACCUAGGAACCCAUGCUAACGACCUUGACAGCCAACCUGACCUAGGAACCCAUGCUAACGACCUUGACAGUGAACCUGACCUGGGAAGCCAUGCUAACGACCUUGACAGUGAACCUGACCUGGGAAGCCAUGCUAACGACCUUGACAGCCAACCUGACCUGGGAAGCCAUGCUAACGACCUUGACAGUGAACCUGACCUGGGAAGCCAUGCUAACGACCUUGACAGUGAACCUGACCUGGGAAGCCAUGCUAACGACCUUGACAGUGAACCUGACCUGGGAAGCCAUGCUAAUGACCUUGACAGCGGGCCGAAGAGCGACACUUCCUCUCCUACCUAGUGCAGGAGAUGAUAAAGUGUGCGUGACAUACCCUGGGUAUCCUCUGCCGCAGUGAGUUACCAAGUAUCUGACAAGUUCAGUCUAACCGCUGAUGACACUGAAGACAGAUAAGGAACUCAGGCAACUCUGUGACGAUGAGAACAUGGAAGGUCCUCUACAGCAGUGGUUCUCAAAGUUUUUCGGACCGCGGACCACUUUACUUAAGUAAAAGCUAUGGCGGACCACCAAGUCGUUAGUAAAAAAAUAUGGCGGACCACCAAGGCCUAAACAUCUCUCGAGGAAUGCAUCACUUUAAACAUCAC